AGUACCCGGCUGUGUAACUUGAUAGGGGGCAGUAAGAGGGGGAUAAGGGAAUGUUGAACGGCAAUGGAGCAGAAUACGAUACAGUGGCUGGGCCCUCCCUGCUGCCUCCGAGGUGCCUUUGCCUUCUAUAAGGCCGUGUGCUACAAGCCAGAACCUGGGGCUUCUGCUAAGGUGUGGAGACUGGGCGAGUUCUACUAUGUGCGCUGUGGCUCCCAGGAGCCAGUGAGCAUUGCAGAAGUCACGCUGCUGUGGGAAGAUCAAAGACAGCGCCACCUUUUGGCAAGCUCCAGACUCUAUUUCCCACCAGAGGACACACCAAAAGGCAGGACUGGGGAACAUGGAGAGGAUGAAGUCCUCGCCGUGUCAAAAAAAGUUGUGCUCCGAGUUGAGGAUCUGGUGAAUUGGACGUGUACAGAGUCACCCCAGUGGAAACAUAGCUGCCUGAACUCCAGUAUCCUUAAUGUACCUGACACUUCCCCAUGUGCAACAGACUCUCAGGGAUUAAAAACAGAGGAUGGUUUCAUGGGAGUGCAGCAGAGGGUCAAGGUGCUGAGCUACCCGCAGUACUGCCGUUUUCGCUCCCUGCAGAGGCGCCUCCAGGACCAGAGCGGUUCCCCUGGCCUGCACAACCCUCACCUGCUGGCUCUUGGGGGGCUAAAGAUGACCCUGCACAACACACGAGUGCUGUACUGCAGGGAUACUUUCAACCACCCAAAUCUGGGCAACAACCUCAGCUUAAUGUCUCAUUUUGGUUGCCCUUCUCUAAGCCUGAAGGGGCGACCACGAAAAAGAAAGGGUAGAGAGAGCAGUGGCAGUGACCAGCAGCACCUCAGCAAGUCUGAGCCAUGGGGAGAGAGGAUGAAGGAAAAUGUGAUGGGCGGCACUGAGGAGAGUUGGGAGGGCAGCUGGCUCCCACACCCUGAGGAACAGCUGUUCCUGGAUCAGCUCUAUGUCUUCAUGGAGCGCAGGGGGUCCCCUAUCAGCAAGGUCCCCAACUUGGGCUUCAAGAAGAUUGAUCUCUUCCUCAUGUACUCUAUUGUCAAAAAGCUGGGUGGCUAUGAGAGUGUGACGUCGCAGCGAUUGUGGAAGACGGUGUAUAAUGAGCUGGGUGGUAGCCCAGGCAGCACCAGCGCUGCCACCUGUACCAGGAGACAUUACGAAAAGCUUAUGCUCCCAUAUGAGCAGCACGUGAAGGGGGCAGAUCAAGAGCAGAGCAGGGCCAAGGCAACGGUAGCCUCAGCGGUGUCCAUCAGAAGGCCUGCACGUGGGCGUGGAGCCCAGACCACCCUGAAGAAGAACGGGGUCACUAAUCAGGCAACACCACCAGAUGGUGUAGUUGUGCGAAAAAGAGGAAGACCUCCUGGCAAACGGAAUGCUAAAGCAUUGGCUAGGGGCAGAGUUGGGAGACCACCUUUACAUGCUAAAACGUGCGGUGAACAGGGAGCAAGUGACGAGUCGCAAGCUUUGCCCAUCUUCCAGGAACCAAGGCUUUCUCAGGCACCAGCGUCCACCACUCCUCUCCCCCACCAGCCUAAAGUGGACAAAGAAGUAAAAACUGAGCUGGAACCUUCAGCUCCUUCAUUGUCUGGUCAGUCUAAGCUUCAGAUUGGCACCUCACUGGAAGGGUUUAGCCCCACCAAUGGCAUGUGUCCUUUGGACUUUGUCAGGGCUCGUCUUGGUUUUAAUUCAGUGGGCAUUCCGCAUGUAAUGUCCCAAGACCCUCUAGCCCCUAACCAGCCAGCACCGCUCAGCCAAACCAAAGCCUGCAGCCCGGAGACAUCGGAGAAUCUCCAGCACCAGUGCUCUGGGUGUAGCUUGGAGGAUCCGUCCUGGACUGGAGGCCCCAAAGAGGGCCGGACUACUAGGCCGCCACUGCCUCCUCUCAAGAUCCUCCCUCUGGAUAUUGAUUGCAGUCUGCAGCUACGGCAGCUGAUGCGUACGCGCCUUGGCACAGCGCACAUGAACUCCUUCACCAAGCGUCUGUCUGAGGCCUUGUCUCAGGACCUUAGCAAGACCUACGAGCCCAAUGGCCACUCCAUUUCCACCUCUCCAGAGCAAGCAGUCCCACUGAACCUGAGCAAGAAGAACACCAGCAAGAGGUCCUCUGAUGAAGCAGAGAUCGGGGACUUGCAAUGUCAAGAAUUCGAAGGUUCCAAGGCCAAGACAGCGAAGAUGGAACCUGAGGAUCUCCGUCUGCCUCAAAAGCAGAAUGGAGUUUCUUUGGGGGUUCCAGUGGUCCAGGAGGAACCAGCUGAUCUGAGUUCUCCAUGCAGGGUCAGGGCUCUUCCACAAGAUCGGACUAGCUUAGCCUCCACUUGCCCUGAGGCUGGAGAUUUAUCUUCUAAACUUGAACCUGAUGCCUCCUCAGACAGUGUUUUCCCCACCAGUGUUGUCCCCUCUACUCUCAGUGCUCUAAAACAGAAAGAAAGUGAAUUGAUCCCAGUGGAUGCCAAGUUGGGGGAGACCCAUGUUUGGAAGUCAGAACCCGAGAGGGCACUGGUUCCUCAGAGUCCAGAACCUUGCCUUAAGGAUGAGCUUGUUUCCCAGCGUAUGCCUUAUAAGGAUUCUAAAAUGCAAAACUAUAAAGUUCCCUCUCUCAAAGAACUCUCCAGUUCCCAUUUAUCUAAGCCAUCACAAAGCUGUUGAACUGCAGACAUUAAAGAAUGCCUGCCUGAAAACCUCUUACUGCUAACACUUGUCUACUUCAACACUCCUUUCUACUCUUCAUACUUGUAUUGCGCAGUGCUAUGUCUACGGUUUAUUGGUAAUCUGCUCAGCAUCUGUAAAACACUACUGCUGUACAUCUAGUAUUGGUUUCUCCCCUCUCUUUACCUAAAGAUAGUGUCUUUUUUUUUUUUUUUUUUUUUUUUUUUAAAGUGCUUCUUAAUUUAAAACACAUUGCAUUUGUCCCAGGCUUAGCCAAGAAAAAUCAUGAAAUGUGACUCAAGGAACAUUUGGCUCAUCCUUUGAAAUGUCCAAGGUGCUGUUACAUUUUGCUUAGAAUGCAGGAAUUCUAAAUCACUUUAUACGAUGUUCAUUCACUAACUUAAAAACCUAGUUCCACAGGAAUUGGAAGUCUACUGUAUUUUUCUGUCAUAUUUUAAUAGUAAAAAUAUGCUAUUUAAUGCUGAGUAGUUAUUGCUUGAUAUAUUGUAAGCCAGCUGUGCCACAUUGAGGGCAUAUAAUUUUUAUUUUCAUGUAUAAUGUAUUAAUGGUUUAAUCAUUCUAUGUUCUUAUUUUUCUUCUCUUGAUCUUUCUAGUUAGAACCUAACUAAAGAGAGCUAUUGCAGUAGACAUCCUUUGUGCUGCAUUAUACAUUAAAAUAUAGGUGGCUGUUCAUUUUAAAGUUUGUUCUUUCUGCAACAAAGUUUAAAGAUCUUAAAUUUUAUGAAUUCUAAUCACUGAGAGCUUAGUUCUUUUUAAGGGCAUUGUUUUAUUGUUAAACUCUGUAAAACAGUUGUUUUUAGCCAUCCGUGUGGUCAUUUUUAGCCAUUCACACUUCAGUAUAAACUUUACAAAUAUGUUUACAGUGAAAUGGAAAUGGAGAUUGUAAAUGGAUCACACAACUAAACCAUGUUACCUUUUUGUUUCUCAAUCUCCAUUACUGGUUUACAGCAUUAAUUACUCACAGAUUAUUGUGAUUUUAUUCAGCAUCACUGUAGAAUGCAUCUGGCAUUUAAUCCAUUAUUGUAUUGCAUCCAACAGAGUUGGACACUUACUGUUUUUUUUUGUUUUGUUUUGUUUUUCUUCUCUUGAGUAACAACCAAAUUUUAAAACUGCUUAUUGUUUAGUCACAGGGGCUAUGAAAAUGAAUAGUCCUUACAUCUUCUUAGAUUAAUAUCCAGGCUAGUUCAUUAUUCUUCCUUCAUACCUGUUUAACAAGAAUGACUGACAAAAUAUUUGCCAGGGUGGAACUACUUUCAGAAACAAAAGCCUACAGUGAUUUUAAUGUGGGCAGUGACCCAAGUUUGAUUUUCCCCCCCCCCCCCCCCUCUAUUAUAUUUUAUGAUAUUUUAAAGGAACCAGACUGUAUGACCAUGUCAUUACAACACUGAAUAUUUAUAAUAAAAAGUUUUUGUGACCGUGGGUUAUGUUGUUGAAAUGAUUGCUCUUAAAAUUGCAGUUUUCACGUUCGGCCGCUUGGUGGGGACAUUUUCUCAGAUUCGUGUAUGGAGUCUUUGUUGGGAAAAGCUUUUCUAAAGUAUGUGAUAUCCAUGUCCCCAUUUUGAAAUGCAUGUCUUAUUUUUCCCCAGCACAUUAGAAUUAAAGAACUUUUCCAAAAUGGCUGUCGAGAUCAUUUUUAGGAUAUUUUCAAUA